UCCAUAAAUUUUUUAUACUUGCUAUUGUUAUUUGUGUUACUACAGUUUCGACCUGCUUGAGCUCUCAUGUACACAUUUUGCCCAAUUUAUUAAAAAAAUCGCAACUUAUUUACAACUGAGCAAUGUAAAUACACACACUGGGUACUGUUUUCGGCGCACAGCAGCAACAUUGCGGAUAGCGGAGACACGCGUAAUUUAAAAAAAAAAAUCAUUUUGUGUAAAAAAAUUGAGGUUUCAUUUUUUCAAUUUAUUGUCUUACGGUUUCUACUAGUGAAAAAAGUGGUAUAAAGUCUUCACAACCUUGGUUAAUAAUAUACUUUUAGAUGUAGUGAGCUAUGAAAUUAUUGAUCAUUUAUUAACACUCUGGAUUAAGGUUUAUUUCGGUGAAAUAUUAACACCUAGUAGGCGCUGCACGAUUGACUUUUAUUAAAUUAGUUAACAAAAGUCCCCAAAUUUGCAAUAGUGAAAUAGAAUAUUUUCUCCAGAAUUGCGGGAAUCUGCAGAAAAAGUACCCCUCAAUCUCUUGCCUGAAAAAAGCAAGUUGCGUUACGAAAAAACGUACGAAUCUUUUCGCGACUGGUGCUCUAAACAAGGGGUCGAAAACUUCACUUCAGAGAGCGUUAUACUGGCUUAUUUUGGCGACGUAGCCCAGACUAAAAAACCGUCCACAAUGUGGGCCCUUUAUUCGAUGUUGAGAAGUACCGUGAAUUUUAAACACAACGUUGACAUUUCGAAAUAUGCCAAAUUAAUAGCAUUUUUAAAAAAACAAAAUCUAGGGUAUCAGCCGACUAAAUCGAGUACAUUUACGAAAGACAACGUUGAGAACUUUUUAAAAAACGCCCCAUUCCACUUCCUUCCACUUAAGGCCGCUUUGGUUAUUGGCAUAUCAGGUGCAUGCCGAAGCGACGAACUGUUUAAAAUGAAAACCGCUGACGUAGAUCUAGAAGAACACAGAGCAGUUAUUGUAAUUCCAAGCACACAGUCUUACCAACCACGAUCAUUCCUCAUAACUAAUAUCGCAUGGUUAGAAAUUUUAAAAUCGUACGUUAAUCUACGCAAGAAUGUCGAGGGUGACCGAUUCUUCUUACAAUUAAGACAUGGCAAGCUGACAAAACAGCCAUACGGUCAUAAUUCGAUUUCCCAAUUUCCUAAAAAAAUCGCAACUUAUUUACAACUGAGCAACGCAAAUACAUACACUGGCUACUGUUUUCGGCGCACAGCAGCAAGAUUACGUGCGAACGAUAGCGGAGGUACGCGUCAUUUUAAAAAAGUAGGAAGAUGGAACGCCACCACGGUCGCAGAAACUCGUGUGGGUACUUCCUUAGAUGGUCAAGUAGAAGAUCCUGUAAAUGUGCCCAGCGUAACUGUCCCUGACCCAUCGUCCAGCUCUCCGCAGUCUCAUGUCUCGAAAGAACAGUUGCAUGAAGAGGUAGAUCUUAAAAUGGAAGACCAUGACAAUGAUACGUUUAAUGUAGACUGUUUUCUUUAUCCUGAAGAUUUAGAAUUAUCUUCUCCAGAAUUGCGGGAAUCUGCAGAAAAAGUCCCCCUCAAUCUCUUGCCCGAAAAAAGCAAGUUGCGUUACGAAAAAACGUACAAAUAUUUUCGCGACUGGUGCUCUAAAAAGGGGGCCGAAAACUUCACUUCGGAGAGCGUUAUACUGGCUUAUUUUGACGACGUGGCCAAGACUAAAAAACCAUCCACAAUGUGGGCCCAUUAUUCGAUGUUGAGAAGCACCGUGAAUUCUAAAGACAACGUCGACAUUUCGAAAUAUUCCAAACUAAUAGCAUAUUUAAAAAAAGAAAAUCUGGGAUAUCAGCCUACUAAAUCGAGUACAUUUACCAAAGAAAAUGUUGACAACUUUUUAAAAAACGCGCCUUUCCACUUCCUUCCACUUAAGGCCGCUUUGGUUAUUGGCGUCUCAGGUGCAUGCCGAAGUGACGAACUAUUUAAAAUGAAAACCGCUGACGUAGAUUUACAAGAACACAGAGCAAUUGUUGUGAUUCCAAGGACACAGUCUUACCAACCGAGAUCAUUCCUCGUAACUAAUAUCAAAUGGGUAGAGAUUCUAAAAUGGUACGUUAGGCUACGCAAAAGUGUUGAAGGUGACCGAUUCUUCUUACAAUUAAGACAUGGCAAGUUGACAAAACAGCCAUACGGUCAUAAUUCGAUUGCCCAAUUUCCUAAAAAAAUCGCAACUUAUUUACAACUGAGCAACGUAAAUACAUACACGGGCCACUGUUUUCGGCGUACAGCAGCAACAUUGCGUACGAACGGUGGCGGAGACACGCGUAAUUCAAAAAAGCUGAAAGGAUGGAACGCCACUACGGUCGCAGAAGCUUGUGUGGGGACUUCCUUAGAAGGACAAGAAAAAAUUGAAGAUCCUGUAUCUGUCCCUGGCCCAUCGUCCAGUGUCUGGAAAGAAGAGUUACAUGAAGAGGUAGAUCUUAAAAUGGAAGAUCAUGACAAUGAUACACUUGAUUUUUAUUUUAAUAAUAAUAAUAGAUCAUAAAUUUUUUAUACUUGCUAUUGUUGUUUAUGUUAUCUUUACCUCGUUCACCAUUCCUGCGUCUCAUCAGUACACAUUUUAAUGGUUGUCAAGUUGUUUAGUAAGUCCAUUAAGUUGACAAACUCUGGCGUCACACAUCUACUUUUUAUUAUUACUAGACAAACAUUUAUUAUAUAAAAUCUUUAGAAAAACUAUUUGCGACUUGUGAAGGCGUCACAGUCAAAAUAAUUUUCUCUA